GUUCAUAACCGCCUGGAAGACUUGAUAACUGGCUUACAGACAACACAGGCAGCUGCAGAGGAACACCACCAUCAGCAGAUGCAAAAGCAGAAUGUGCUGGCUCUGACAUCAAAGGACUCGCACAGCAUGUGGGAAGAGCAAUUGAAGUCAAGAUCCCACCUUGAAGAGCGUGUUGCUCAGCUUGACAGGGAAAAAGCUGAACUCUUGGAACAGUGUGAGAGUGAAAGAAAGAAAGUGAAAAAGCUGGUAGAGUUGAAACGCCCAGUGGAACUGCGUCUGGACCAAGAAAUGAAAAGAAACAUUGAACUGCAGAAAGACUGUAAGAGGUUGAAGAGGCUUCUGAACAGAGCUAUGAAGAAACUCAGGAUGUAUGAGGGGAGAGAGAGAGAGUCCCAGCUUAAUUUGCAGGGAGAAGUGAAGAACAGGUAUUCUGAAAUGGUCAAUGAAGUUGGUAGAUUAAGAACAAAGGUUGGUGAACUUUCCCAGCAGCUGGAGAUAGAGUCUAAAAAAUGCAUGCAGCUAGAAGCACAAAAUCAGGAUUUGCGAGAAGAGCUAUCCACCAUGCGUGGGAACCAUGAAAAACUGGAGAAGAGCAAAUGCCAGCUGAAAGAAGAGGUGGCUAACCUCAAACAUCAUUUGGAGACUAACAUGGUGGAUCACAGCCAAAUAGAACAAUAUAAAAGAGAGAUGGAAGAACGAGCCGGACAAGAAAUAAGACAAAAACUACAAGAAGUCAAUCUAUUUUUGCAGACACAGGCAGCCUCCCAGGACAGAUUAGAACAAAUCAGAGCCAGUCAUCAUGCUUCACUGAGAAACCAGCUAAAACACAGAAUUAGAGAUCUCGAAUGUGAAUUGGACAGGAUAAAAAAUACCCAACAAGACAGUAUUUUUCAAAAAGAAUCCACACAGGCAGAAGUGGAAAGGUACAAAGAACUGUAUCUGGAGGAAGUAAAAAUUAGAAGAUGCCUAGCAAAUAAAUUGGAAAGAGCUAAUGAAAGACUAGCAGAAGCCAAUGCUAAGCUCCUUCAGGAGCGCCAUAGAAGCAAAUCUUUAAUUGCAAGCAGCAUUGUCAGUGGAGGUCUGGCUGCAAGUCCAGUUCUGUAUUCAACUGAACUGGGACAUCUUGGCAACAAUUUGGCACUGAACAGAAGUCUAAGUCUAGGAGGAAGCUUCCUAAGCCCAACUGGGAAUGCAUUAUCAUCAAGAAACAGGGUUGAAGCCUAUGUGGCUAAGGUACGGCGGGAACUGGAUGAAAAAAUCACUAAAGAACUCGAACAGGCCACUGCUGAACUUGAAACUGGAUCUGCUGGAGCUUCUCCCAUGGUAUCCACUGAUGGUUCUUCAAAAAAUUUCCAUGUUGACCAGGAUCCCCUUUGCAGGGCAAUACAGGAGUACCGUGAUGUUUUAACCAAAAAUUACCUGAUUUGAACAAAAUGCUAGGGAAAGGCUCUGGAAAUCAUUUUGUUUACAUAAUACUUCUAUGGUUUCCCAUUACACAGUUCAGAUGUGAAAACGUGUUUAUUGCAGUCUGAAUAUAAAUUCUAAGUCUAUUAAAUGGAUGUCAAGCACAUUGCACUUACCUGUUGGUUUAUUGAUGCAUAGUUACUUUAUUUUGCAUUCACAAUAAGAACCAUAUCUAUUUUUUUAUGACUAGCAGAUUGACUAAUCUUGAUUCUUGAGCUUGACAGAACUGUCAAAAUGUUUAUUAAGGUAGAUGCAUUAUUUUGCUCCACUCAUGUUCUGUGUUUAACAAAAGCAUUCCCUUUGUUCUGUUUAAUCCUUUCACUUUGUGUUUUUAAUGUUUCCAGUGUUUAUUUUAAUGCUUAGGACAUUAUUUUAUGUGCUUUGAGCCCGCUGCUUCAGUCCUGAUGCAGUGAAUAUUUCUGCUGAUAAAGUGAAAGUUUUACCAGUGUUCAAGCUGGAGAAUAGGGCACUUUACAUUGCUGUCACUUUAUGCGCCUUAGAUUUAAAAAUACUGUGAGUGUAUAGUAGUGCCAAGACAGUUGUGGUCUUUUUGGUAUUUU